AUGGCCGCCGCGACAGCAACGACGACGGCGCCGACCGACUCGAGCAUCGCCGAGCAGAUACGGCAGCUCAACGACGCCCGCAAGCUCGUCCUCGGCGACGUGGCCUACUACCCCAGCAUCGUGCAGAGCAUCCUGCCCAUCAUCGGGCCCUCGUCCCACCCGGAGCUGCGGCGAUGGGGCGCCGACUUCCUCGCCGAGGCCUUUGCGACGCCGGCCCUGCCCUCGCGCGACAAGGAGACGCUGAGCCUCGUCGUGCUCGAGACGCUCAAGGGCAUGGUGGAGAGCGCGUCCGAGGACACAAUUAACAAUUCUUACGAUGCCCCGACCUGGGAACGCAUGCAGGCCAUCAAGUCAAGGAUCUUCCGCAUAUGGGAAGGUUCCCCCCCUGCAGUCAGGAUAUGCUGCAUCAAGUUUGCUCAGCGGGUGGUACUAGCCCAGACGCACGGCGCGGGAAGCGAGCAAAAGCGUGAUGGCCUCGAAGUCUCCCUCGCCAUGGUGCCCCCAGAUCACCCCGUUCUCGAUGCGAGGCAGCUCGAAGCAGAAGCCACCGGCCUGCUGGACCGUAUGCUGGGUAUACUCCAGGACAAUAGCAGUGAUGCCCUCCUUGUAGAUGCCACGAUCAAUACGCUUUCAGUGCUCAUCCGCACGAGACCAUCGACGACGAACCGCAUCCUAAACGCCAUCUUCAACUUCAACCCACUCAAGCUCGCCAACUCACCCAUGACCUCCAAGACUCGUGUGCUCAUCAAGUCCAUGGAGAAGACGACACGCAUGCUCCUAAUUCAUCUUAUCAAACGCGAUCCCAACCAUCCCCUUGCGCCCAGGAUACAACAGUGCAUCGAGCGUCUUGUCCGUUCAAAGACUGAGAUCUUUGACGACACCAGCAGGAAGCGGGCCUUGGCCGAGACGGCUGCCUACGGAGAUGCCAAGCGGCAAAAGGUCGAGGCCGAAGCCCCGGCCCAGUUCCAGGUACCACCACUCGGCCCUGGCGAGCACAGUCUCGCAGCAAUCUUCACUCUGACGAGCAAUCCUGCUCUGCGCGCCUUCAACGCUUCUCUUGUACCGGCCGAGCUGGCUGCCAAGGUCAGCGUCUCUACGCUGGCAGGCACAGAUCCACGGUUAUUUGAUCUAGCCAUUAAUGGCAUUCGGGAUAGGAUAAAAGCAAUGGAGGCCAACGCGGCGCAGCCGGCCGCGCUCGACCCGAACACGGCUCCGCUGGGCGUGGAAGAGGACGACGACGAUGAUUACGAACCGGACUACUACACAGCAGAGGAUACGGAACAGAUCCUCAACAAGCUCGACAGCGCUCCAGACGACCUGGCCACCAAGGCCGAGACCGCGGCCCUGGCCCUGGGAGCGUUCAAGCUGCCGCCGGCGCCGUCUCUCACGCCAGACAUCGCGGCCAAGGUCGGGCAGGGCACCGUGUCGCGCGUGUUUGGCGUGAUGCAGACGCUGGAGGACCCGGCGGGGAAGCGCGCAAAAGCGGGCAUCAACAGGCUAGCGGCCAGCACCUACGACCGCGACUCGUGGAUCACCGUCAUCAGCCGCCUGGCCACGAGGCCCGCGGCCGCGCUGGGAGACGGCGGAGACGGGCCGGAAGAGGACGACGACGACAAGUCGCAGGUCCUCAAGGCGCAGGCCCUGUCCCUGGGCAACGCCAUCCGCGAGCGCCUCUUCAACUUCAUCCUCGAGGACUUCCGCAAGCGCAUAGAGCUCGCCGUCUCGUGGCUCUCGGAGGAGUGGUACAACGACCGGGUCCAGCAGCGCUACUGCUCGGCCGCAGAGGAGGGCGGCGCCCAGCAGAAGCGGCAGCCGGUGCUGCACUACGACGAGUGGGCGCUGCGGCUCAUGGACGGCUUCCUGCCGUACCUGCACGCGCAGGACAAGGUGCUGACGCGGUUCCUCGGCGAGCUGCCCGAGCUCAACCGCACCAUCCUGGCCAAGGUGCGCGGCCUGUGCCGCGACCCGAGCCUCGUGCAGCUCGCGCUCACGAGCCUCGUGUACCUGGUCAUGAUGAGGCCGCCGGUCAGGGAGGCGGCGCUGGAUACGAUCCAGGACAUCUGGCUUGAGAGCGAGGAUGCCAGAGCGUUGGCGCAGAAGUAUCUGGUCAAGUGGAGGCCCGAGUUCGUGGCUGCGAACAGCGGCGCAGCUGCCGGGGGAGGAGGAGCGGCGGCGGCGGCGGCGGCGGCACCGCCCAAAGCGGUGACUGCUUCGUGA